AUGCCACCACAAAAACGACACUUAUUUCAGGUUAAUCGUCAUGUACAAGCGUCUAUAAUGCUAUUAUCAGUCAUGGAAGGUGCCGAACUCGAUCUCAAUAAUACAAUUUCUUCAACUUCAAAACCAAUAACAACUACAACAACAACAUCAUCAUCAACACUAUCGACUUCAGAUGAUUAUGAUAAAGAUCUUCAAUUAGCUGCCGAACUUGGCCGAUGUUUACUCGAACGAAAUCAAGAAUUACAAAACUAUAUAAAUGUUCUACAAAAACAAAUUGACGAUGAACAAUGUGAUAUAAAAUUAUUGCAUGUCAAACUUGAAUCAACUCGUGAACAACUCGACACGAAAUGCAAACAAACUGAAAUAUUGGAUGCAACAAAUUUCGAUCUGGAGCGAGAACUUGCUCAACAACGACGAGACAAUGAAAGAGAACGACAACGUAUUAAAGAGUUAUCUGAUCUAUGUGAAAAGACACGUAAACAGUGUCUUGAAAUUGAACAUGAAUACGAAGCAUUUCGAUUGAAACAAUUCGAAACCCAUCAUUUUCCUAAACAAUACAAUUCUUCUGUACAAACAUCGAAAAAAUCAAAUAAAUUACGACGUUCUCAAUCAUUUAGUUUAAAUUUAGCACAUGAUUCAUCAUUAACGGAUGUAUCAACAUCUUCAAAUAUCUUUGAUAUUUCAUCGGCAUCAAUAUUCAAGACACAUCUUACUGAAUUAAAAACACGUAUUAAAUCAUUAACAUCCGAUUGUUCAACAUUAAAUGAUAAACUUCAUCAAUCUGAACAAGAAAAACGUUAUUUAAAUGAUCGUAUUACACUACUCGAACGGCAACGUCGUGACGAUAAUGAUUCAUUUCAACAUGAAUUAAAUCAUUGUAGAAAAUUAUUAGAAAAACAUAUCAAUAAUGAAAAUUUAAAUCCAAUAUUAACAAAUUUUCAUUCACCACCUGAACAUGAAGUUUCAUUAUAUGAUGAAGUUUUAUUUGAAAAUAAAAAAUUAAAUAAUAAACAAUCGUAUGAAAUGACAAACUAUAAAGAUUUAUUCGCAAGUGUCUAUCAAAAAUUAAAGGUAAUUAAAAAUGAUUCGUAA